GGAAUGUUGUGCAAAGAUAGCAGCCGGGGCUGAAGCUAGCCAGCCAGGUCGAGGAAUGCAUGCCUAAUGUGAGAUUGUACAGAGUUGGCACUGACACUAGAGCUUGAUUGGCAACCCUUGUUUGGAGGUAGAUAUCAUAAUAGCAGGACAGUCUACUUUCAUUCACUGUGAAUUGCUACGUACAGUUCAGAACAAUGGACGGCUAUCUAGUGUUGCUCAAGUCCCUCCUCUGCCUCUCUCUACUCAGCUGUAAGGAUGGAGUGAGAGGAGAUUUUGUAUUGACAGUGAAUUUCAUUAACUACACCAACCCAACCGGACUGUGUGCUGAAUGUGCUGCUCCACUGAGUGAUGUAGCAAGUGCUGACCAGCUAGCAGCAGUGUGCUGUGAUGAUCUACCACUCAGAAACACCAACUGUGACAACACAGGAGAGGGGAGAUGUGACACGAGGUUCCGUUGGACCAUCAGACCAUUCGCUGCAUUACUAGAGACAAGACCUGUCACUGUAGAGAAUGCCAUUAACCCUCCAUACUUCUUCACCAACUGUCCAAUCUCACCCAGCUCUGUUUGCCCAUUCCCCCAAGUGAGCACAACAUUCCCCCAAGGCCCACUAGGGUUCCUGGGUGUAGCAGCCAACCCUCUGCCAGUGGUGUCAAGCACAGUGUGGACAGGACAAACACAGUUCUUCAUAGAAGCCGUGGACAGUGGACUCCCUAACAUAAUAGACAGUCUGUUGAUUAACCUGGACAACCUCCAACUUGGAGCAGACUUCACAGAGGAGGUGACGUUCACUGGAUACCAUGACGUAUCUCACAUGACCGUGAGUUUCAGAGUCGAGUGCUCUCCUGGUUUCUGUGGACCUAAUUGUACCACCAUGAAUGAUACCAGUCUUCAAAUAGCAGAGUGUCACACUAACGGAACUAUAGUGUGUGUGCCUGGGUGGGACCCACACAAAAACUGUUCAGAAUGUCUGAAUGGGAGAGAUUCCGAAACAAAUUGCACCACUUGUCUAUCUGAUUUUAGUGGUAACCCAUGCGUAAGAGAGACCAGUUCACCUGCUCCAGCCGGAGGGGCUAUAGCUGGUGGAGUGAUGGGAGUGUUGAUAGCUGCUCUGAUUGUGGGUUUCAUCAUUGGAGUGGUGGUCUGUGUUGUGCAUCGACAACAGAAGUCUGUCACAAGAUCAUUAGCUGUGAACCCUAGGUAUGAGAGUAUGGAUGCCAUCAAUGAACAGCCUCUCAAGACCAACACUGUUGGGUCUACUCAAGAGCACGACUUCGACAACCCUCUGUAUGACACCAGGAAGGGGGACAAUGAUUACUCAUCGCCAUGGGAUACGAGGGCGAAUGGAUCGACUGAACCAGUGAUGGUCAGCUCAACUAACUCCACCCACGCAGUCGUGAUGAGGGUCAACUCAAAUGAGCAUAAGAUGAAGAGCGCUACCCAGCAAGUUGAGCAUGCUACUAUUGACCCCCAGAGAGUGGAGUAUGCUACCAUUGACCCUCUCCCUCAGAGGAGACACAGCUAUGAGAACACUAAGAUAGCAUCAUCAUCAUCAAGCCAUGACUAUGCUGAGCCCCCCAAUGCAUUACCCCCCACAGUGUUGCAGCCAGUGUACGACACCCCAGAGCUACCCCCCACACACACCUACGAGUAUGCUGAAGUGGUAACCUCACAGAAGCCACUGACAGAGAGUGAUGGUGGAAGAGCUUUUGACAACACUGGAGAGCAUGGGUUGUAUCGCAGCAGUAGCCCGAUACAUCUGCCCCCUGAUGCUCAACUUCAUUAUGACCUGGGGCAAUAAGCUCCUGCAUGAACUUCACGUGCAUGAUGGGAUUUUAUCUUAUUUGUUUACUUUUAUAAUAAUGAUAUUCAUGUGAUGAUAAUUAUGUGACAAAAGGAACAAAAACAAAAA